AUGAAAAUUUGUUUUGGAGAAAGCUUGCCGCUUAUAAGAUCAUUGAUAUCCAAUCAACAUGCCCCACUAAAGCAAUCGAACGGCCAAUUCUGUAAAGCAAAUCUUGCCAGUGUUUACAAAUGUCUAUUCGAUCAAGAUUUCGAUGCACACGAUGCUUUAGAAGACGUGAUUGCACUAAAGAGAAUCUUGUUCAGUCCAGAAAUGAGCAUUGAUGUAAAAACAAUAGUGGAUCGCAGCCAGAUAUCUUCAGUUCGUGCCAUGAAAUCUGAUAUGGAAUUCAUCGAUUUUCGCCAUGAUCGUUAUCAAACUUUCGUUGGAAACCUUCACUGUCCAAACGAAGAUCAUAGUCCCAUCUCACAUGGUAUGGCUCUGAAAAUUGCAGGUAGUGGACUCUCCUACAGCGAUCUUCACAACUUGUGGCAGAAAUUUGGGGAAACUGGAGUCGUUGGAAUACUGUUCAUGCCGCCAUACAACCCGAAGGACACGCGAAGUACACCAUCGGACAAAAAUCACCCACGAGUGACGAAGAGCAAAAGGAUUCCAUCGAAUGUCGUGAAAUACUUUCAGUCAUGUAACGUUUCAAAUAUUUCCACCAGUAGUUAGGAAAAAAUAUAGAAAUUCAAAUAUUUUCAAUUAAUUAAAACUUGAGUGAAACACAACCUUGCUAUGUGCGUGAAUUUAGCGUGUUUUCUUCUUAUCUGCGCCCGCUAAAUUGUGUACGCGCAUGUCAAUUCAUUGAUCUUGCAGAGUGUGAAAAACUUUGGCCGCGAAUUGGCCGCGCGGAAUAAAACCGUGAUUAUUUCCAAAACGAGUUCGGUAAGGUACCCUGAAAAUUUGUACAUGAGUAGAUACAUGCUUCAAGAUUUCAUGAUGGAAAAAUAAAAAAAAAUUGUCGACAGAAACUGUCAAAAAAGUCGAAAUUUAAUUCUAAAGAAUUGAGUCGACAGAUUUUUUUUAAACUUCCCAGAAAUGUUUCUCGACACUAACGUAACUGAUUUAUUUUAAAAAAAAUUGGGGUCACCGAACUCAUUUUCGAAAAAAACUCGAAAAACUGCGAUAUUUUCGGCUAUUUAGUGCUACCAUUAUUCGUUAUAGUUGUCAUGGAAACGCGACUUUUAUCAGAAUUCUUCUUGUUUGCGACACGUCUUACUAUGUGUUACAAUUAUAAGUAAAACUUAACCCUGUAGAAGCAUUUAAACAGAAAAUAUUCAACUUUUGCUCAUUUGGCUAAAAAGUGUAUUGAGCCACCUUAAUAGACGGUUUUAGAUAACAAGACGCUGACGUCAAGAGGACGUGAAAAUGACGUAUGCACCUCGCGUUCACUUCCGGGUUUUAAUCUGGGACGGCUUGUUGGUCUUUUUCGAAGCAAAUUUUUGUUUUCUUGUUACCUGUUCAUUCCUGUAUUGUUUUCAAUCAGUUGUCAAGAUAUGUGCAAGAAAAGAUUAUAUAAUACUGGCCAAGUGUUUCCUGACGAAUUAGUAUGAACAUUCAAUAAGUUUUUUUUUAGAAAAAAACGUAUAUUUCUGUAGUUUGAAAAGUGAACUUUGUUCCAUCAUUUGGAAUAAAUACAGGUAUUGUUUACGAUCUAAAUGCUUUAUUGUAGCCUAUUCAAUCAA